AUGUACAUACACAGAAAUACACACACACACAGACACAUGUACAUACAUACACAGACACAUGUACACACAGACACAUGUACGUACAUACACACAUACACAUGUACAUGCACAUACACACAUGUACAUACACACACACACAGACACAUGUACACACACACAUACAUGUACAUACAUGCAGAUACAUGUACAGAUACACACAUGUACAUACAAACAGACACAUACAUGCAUACACAAACACACACAUGUCACGUACACACCCCUCCCCAUAAAAAGUUGCAGUACUUCGUUGUUCACGCACAGAGUCGGGUACUGCACUCUAGGGGGAGGCAGAGAUCACAGCACAUACUCCUUUCUUUGCUUUCACUGCGCUCAGCUAUUGAGCAGUCUGACAGCUCCCAGUGCCAGUGAGAGAUCCGGCCUGAGCUCCGAGCCUGCUCAGCAAGACGGCCCUGGGGGACACACUCGCCCCCACCAUAAUUUCCACUCGCCAUUGGUGAGCAGGAGAGUGGAAAUUUCAAGCCCUGUCCUAGAU